CCUCGCGGGCGGCGGGGUGUUCCGGCCAGGCCCAUACACACAGUGCUGCUGUCCCACGUGUGAAGGGAUCGUGAAGUGGGGUGGUGGGAUGUCGGCUCCGGUCGUCGCCAGCAGCUUGCCCAUGCGGCUGCUCCGCAGGAAGAUCCACAAGCGUAACCUGAAACUGCGGCAGCGCAACCUCAAGCUGCGGGAGGCCGAGGGGGCAGUCCCUCCCGCGGGCGAGGCGGCAUCGCAGGGCCCUCCGGAGGAGGAGGAGGAGGUGGAGGAAGCGGCGGCGGCCCCUGAAGCAGACGCGGCGGCGGCAAGCGGGGACGGCGCGGAUGGAGCCGGGCCCCGCGACGGGCAGGGGAAGAGGAAGAAGAAGAAAAAGAGGAAAGCGGCAGCGGCUGCUGUGGAGGAAGGUACAGAAACUAAAAAAGCAAAAACUGAAGAAGAUGAAUCUGCCAAGGUAAAAGAUGAAGAAAAGCAGGAUUCUGGAGAGAAGAAAGAGGAGGAGGGGGAGGAGGAUGAAGUUCCUAGUUUACCACUAGGUGUAACAGGUGCUUUUGAAGACAAUUCUUUUACUUCUCUGGCCGGUGUUGUCAGUGAAAAUACAUUGAAAGGCAUAAAUGACAUGGGUUUUACACACAUGACUGAAAUUCAGCAUAAAAGUAUUAAGCCACUUCUGGAAGGCAGGGAUAUUUUAGCAGCUGCAAAAACAGGCAGUGGCAAAACACUUGCAUUUCUUAUUCCUGCAGUAGAGCUCAUCUAUAAGCUGAAAUUCAUGCCUAGAAAUGGAACGGGUGUUAUUAUUCUCUCUCCUACUCGAGAGCUUGCUAUGCAAACCUACGGAGUUCUUAAAGAACUGAUGAAUCAUCACGUUCACACAUAUGGUCUGAUAAUGGGGGGCAGUAACAGAUCAGCAGAAGCACAGAAACUUGGCAAUGGAAUCAACAUCAUUGUAGCAACACCAGGAAGACUGCUGGAUCACAUGCAGAACACUCCAGGUUUCAUGUAUAAGAACUUGCAGUGUUUGGUAAUUGAUGAGGCGGAUCGUAUCUUGGAAGUUGGAUUUGAAGAAGAAAUGAAACAGAUCAUAAAACUUCUACCAAAGCGCAGACAGACGAUGCUUUUUUCUGCUACACAAACCAGAAAGGUUGAAGACCUGGCAAAGAUCUCUCUGAAGAAAGAGCCGCUCUAUGUUGGGGUUGAUGAUAAUAAGGAGACUGCAACAGUAGAUGGUCUUGAACAGGGAUAUGUAGUGUGUCCAUCUGAGAAAAGAUUCCUUCUGCUCUUCACAUUCCUUAAGAAGAACCGCAAGAAGAAACUAAUGGUAUUUUUUUCAUCAUGUAUGUCAGUAAAAUACCACUAUGAAUUACUCAACUAUAUUGAUUUGCCUGUUUUGGCCAUUCAUGGCAAGCAGAAACAAACCAAACGUACUACAACAUUUUUCCAGUUCUGUAAUGCAGAAUCUGGAAUACUGUUGUGCACUGAUGUAGCUGCCAGAGGACUGGAUAUUCCUGAAGUUGACUGGAUUGUCCAGUAUGACCCUCCAGAUGAUCCAAAAGAAUAUAUUCAUCGUGUUGGUAGAACUGCCAGAGGUAUAAAUGGUAGAGGGCAUGCUCUGCUCAUUUUACGACCAGAAGAACUGGGCUUUCUUCGUUACUUAAAACAAGCAAGGGUACCAUUAAGUGAAUUUGAAUUUUCUUGGUCAAAAAUUUCAGACAUCCAGUCUCAGCUGGAAAAACUGAUUGAGAAGAAUUACUUUCUUCACAAGUCAGCCCAGGAAGCAUACAAAGCUUACAUUAGAGCUUAUGACUCCCAUUCUCUGAAGCAGAUCUAUAAUGUCAAUAACUUGGAUCUUCCCAAAGUCAGCCUUUCAUUUGGUUUUAAAGUUCCUCCGUUUGUUGACCUCAAUGUGAACAGCAACCAUGGCAGAAGACUGCAGAAAAGAGGUGGAGGUGGGGGAUUUGGUUACCAGAAAGCGAAGAGCGUCCACAAAGCUAAAAUCUUCAAGCACAUUAACAAGAAAUCAGACCAUCGUCAGUUUUCUCGUUAAAAUGGCUUGUGGCAUUCAUACAGACUACCUUGAUCAAAACUAUAUGGCAUUUACUUACAAUUUAAACUGCUCUAAUCACGUUUUUAGAUUUUUUUUUGUGGUUUUGUUUCUGGGAACAUCUUUUUAUUUUUCAUUUUAGGAAAACUUUUGGAGGGAGAUUAAACACAGAAAGGGAGAAUAUGGCAAAUUAAUUCUGCCAUGCUGCUUGUAAGGAAAAAAAGAUAGUUGAAUAUAAUUAUCUUAAGUCAAUACUGUAGAGUUUUUUAUUAAAGAAAUUAAAAAUACUUUUAGAGUUUAUAGAAGAAUUUGCUUCACAUCUACGCUUUUUUCUGUGCACAACUCUGAAAAUUGUUGGAGACAAUGCAAGAACAGAUUACAGUGUAAGAUAAAAAAUUGCUCACAUGAAUCAUUACAAGGGUUUUUAGUGCUACAGAACUCUGCCCAUCAAAUAUGCAGAAGAAUAUAAGAUCCCUUUGGAACAGAAUAUACCUAUAAAUAAUUAAUGCUGUAUGAGCUUGUGAUUAAUUUCAGUCAUGGUACCUGUAUACCAAGUACACCGUCCAAGAUUGAAAAAAAAAAUAGGACAUGUUUAACAGUGUUUCUUUUCAGUGUGACAAAAUGUUAACAUUCUAGUGAAAUGUUUGGUUUUCCUUCAUGUUCUCUUUAAAUCUGACUUUAUCCAUAUGGUUAUGUCUUGUGUACUCUUAUGAAUAUGCAAAGAAAAUUAAGGAGAUAACAUCAUCUGGGCCGUGUGCUUCAAUUUAUGUUUUUUCAAAUGUUCCAUAACCUUGAUGGAGUGAGAAUUUUUGCCGUUGCUUCUCAUAAAUUAUAAAAGUGCCUUUUAGUCUUAGUUUAUCAGAUCAGUAAUGGGCAAAUUUAAAAUAAUACCACAGGAUUUGGGGUGCUGGAGAGACCUGAUAAGUGAAAUGGGGUAUAAAUAUAGUACGAUAUGUUGAUGGAGAAAUAAACUGAAAUGGAAGAGGGUGGAAUAGACAUUGCAAACAACAAAAUGAAGGCUAUAAAAAGAAUAGGCAAAAGUAGAGUAACUGUAUUAUAUUAUUUUCAUAGCUUGACCAUUGUAGGAAAGUAAUCUGAGGCUACAGAGGUGGUGGGCAGUAGUGUUUAAAAAGGAUACAUCCAUCAAUGCAGAGAAAGUCUAAAAUGUCACAGAAUCCAGAAAUCUGGGCCCCAUGUGGUUACUGUAAAGCAUUUUUUUUAAUUUAGAUUUAAAACACAACUCAGGAACAGUGAGGAAUACAAAAUCAUAUGUAGUUAUUCCACUAUCAAAUUGACUGUUAUUCCUUAGGUCUUUUGGAAUAAUAUGUCAGAUGUAAAACUAUGAUAUGUGCACUGAAGUGUUGCAAAACAUUGGCAGACUUUAUUUCUUACCCUCAUAAUAGAUCAUCCUGGGGGGGGGAAAUGCCUAAAUUUUCUUUGAAAGAGUUGAGGCAUUGUCAAUUUCUAAUGAUAGGAGGCACAAGUCUGCACAAUUCCCCCCUGAUAUAUUUGGUUUGCGUUCUCUUAUGUACCCUAAUACACAGAAGUAUUUGAAAGACUGUGUGGUAUUUCCCUAGAGUAGUACCAGCUUAGCCUAAAAAACACUUAUUUAAACAUUAUAGAUGUAUAAUGGCUGCACAGCCUAUAGUAGCUACAUCACACUGAUUUCCUGUUUAACCAGAUUUCCUGAGCUGAGACUAAGUGGGAAUUGAGAAGAGCUUCAGCUUCCUAGCUUGUGCAUAUGCAGUUAGUUACCUUUCUCUUUGCUUAUAGAAUCAUAUAUGAAAAACAGUUUGAUGAAACAUCUCUGUGUAUCAGGUAGCAUCUAUUUUAUGAUGGUGUUGCAAGAACUUUAGAAAAUUGUCAAGCUGAUUGGAAAUCCGGCAUUUCCUUUGCACCUUACCCUGUUAUCAAUCUUGUGAGCAGUUAAUAGACCUCAGCCAUCAGAUUCUCAAGGCUUGUCUCAUAACAGUGAUUGAUAGGCUAGGGACUAAUAUCAUGUGCCUUGAGAAAUUGCCUUCUUUUUCUGAGAACCUUGACAAAGAAAUUGGACCCUUUAAACCACUUAAGGGGGUGAUCAAAACUGUCCUGCUUGAACAGGAAGAUUUUUCUGACAGUUCUUGGAACAGGCCCAUAAAGGAGAAUUCCAUUGCCAAGCUACUGCUCAUAAUCAUGAAAAAUCUUGUCACUAUACGAAUUUUCUGUGCCAUAAUGCUGCCGAGUUACAAGCACAAGACUAGUCAGAAAGUGUUGCCAUCAAAUUUUUCAGAGUGAAUGUCACAGAUUGAGGGCAAGUUUAUUGACAGUGUAGAGCAAGAACACUUGAGAAAAGGGUAUUACCUACUUUGAUCUGCUGUAAAUAGGUUUAUAUUUUGACAGUAAUUAGUCUUUUUGUUUCAUGAAUGAGUUGACAGCUCAAUUUAAGUAACCUACCAAAGCUUUAGAAACUAAAAGAUUUGCUUUCAAGCCAGUAAUCUGAGGUCAGAGGAAGCAAGCUCUCACGGGAAGGACGAAAAGAACAUGAUUAAACAAAACACAAAAUAACAUUUUAGUAGAGGUCUCCAAUUUGUCACUAUGGAGGAAGGUAUUGUACUUACAGGACAGAGCACAGGUCUGUAACUUCUACCACCAUUCUGCCUAGGAGAUAGUUGUCCAGCUACUUCAAUCCUAUCAAAACUUGCAAGGGGUUUUAUGGAGAUCUAACAACUAGAAAAGAGUCAGUUAUUAGUGCUUAAAAGGUGGGCUGGUUGCUGUUUGGUUGGUUGGUUUUUUGCAAACUAAACAAUGCUGAAAUAAGUCUAGAAUCAACUGGCUAAAGCAUGCAGAAUAAAAUCUGUCCUUUGCUCCUGA